CCGGAAAUGAAAGCAAGCUUCGUCGUCCACGUGAGAAGAAUCUGCUGGUGUGUUGUUAUCGUGGGAACCUUCGCCGAAGCGGCUGAAGUUUUAGCGGGUUGCAGUUAUGAGUUCCGGGACAUCUGCGGUGAUUGAUGAAACGGAGGGACCGGCACUAGGCGGCUCAGGGCUUGGUUUGUCAGAUAGCGAGAAUGAGGACGCUUGGGAGGAGGAGGAGGAUAGUGCCGACGACCCCCGCGGCGAGAUGGAGGGGUCUACGCAGAGGAUUCCUUGCCUUUUCUGCGACAGAUUUUUCAGUUCAGCUGAAGAUAAUUUUUGCCACUGUACCUCAGACCAUGGGUUCAGUAUUGAGAUGGUGGUUCAAAAACAUCGGCUUGAUUUCUAUGGCUACAUUAAGCUAGUAAACUUCAUUAGACUGCAAAAGCCUGAUGCAGAGUAUAUUAAUUCUCUUAGACCACCAUUUCCUUGGGAAGAAGAUAAAUAUUUGAAGCCUAUACUAGAAAAUGACUUACUACUCCAGUUUGAUGUAGAAGACCUUCUUGAUUCUUCCAGUAUCUCUUGUCUUAAUGGAGUAUCUGAGGCUUCAUCUCUCCUUGAAUGCUUGAAAAAUGCUGAACACAGAACUGAGCUGGCAGAAGCUGCAUUGGCCAGAGCCCAAGAUGAUCUACAGAAAAUGAGGCAAUUUGCGCAGGAUUUUGUGAUGAAUGCAGAAAUCCAAAGUAGCUCAUCUGCCAGCCCUAUUGCGGACUUAAAGGAGGAUGAGGAAGAUGUUUACUUCAGCUCAUACGGGCACUAUGGGAUCCAUGAAGAAAUGCUAAAGGAUAAAGUGCGCACAGAAAGCUAUCGUGACUUCGUAUAUCUAAACCCACACAUCUUUAGAGAUAAGAUUGUCCUAGAUGUUGGAUGUGGCACUGGAAUCCUUUCCAUGUUUGCUGCCAAAGCAGGUGCAAAAAAGGUGAUAGGAGUGGAUCAAUCUGAAAUUGUUUAUCAAGCUAUGGACAUCAUUAGACUCAAUGGAUUUGAAGAUAGUAUUUGCUUAAUCAAAGGGAGAAUUGAAGAAGUUGAUAUACCUGUUGAAAAAGUCGAUGUUAUCAUAUCUGAAUGGAUGGGCUAUUUCCUUCUCUUUGAGUCUAUGCUGGAUUCAGUCAUUUAUGCAAGGGACAAGUAUCUGGCCAAAGGAGGCUCAGUGUAUCCUGACUCCUGUACCAUUAGCCUUGUGGCUGUAAGUGAUAUUGCUAAGCAUACCGACCAAUUGGCUUUCUGGGAUGAUGUUUAUGGCUUCAAUAUGUCCUGCAUGAAAAAGGUGGUAAUACCUGAAGCAGUUGUGGAAAUCUUAGAUUCAAGGACUCUUAUAUCUGAAGCUUAUGUCAUCAAGCGGAUAGAUUGCCAUUUUGUCUCAGUUCCAGAACUGGAAUUUUCAUCAGACUUCGUUUUGACAGUCACAAAGACUUCUGUGUGUACGGCAAUUGCUGGAUAUUUUGAUGUGCAUUUUGAGAAGAAUUGUAACAAACAAAUACUGCUUUCAACUAGUCCCUGUUGUACCAAGACACACUGGAAACAAACAAUGUUUUUUCUGGAGAACCCAAUUUCUGUUGAAGAAGGUGAAGCGCUGAAAGGAAAGAUAACAAUACACAGAAACCGAAAAGAUCCCCGCGCCCUCAUUGUAACUCUUUCAGUUAAAAAUGUGAAACAAAUGUACAGUCUUCAGUGAGCGGUGCUCCACAACCAGCUUGAGAAGCAUAGUUCAGUUACCAGAAGUAACUUUUUGAAGCAGAGAAAUCUGGAUAAAAUUUAAGCUCAUUUGGUUCCACUUCCAAUAAAGGUUUGGUGUCCCCCUCCCACCCCUGACAUGCAAAUGAUAGUUGACCUGCUAUAUGAGACUACUGACUGUGCUCAGCAAUCAGUUAAGUUGUCUUCUUCUGUCUUAAGAAGUUUUUCUCUUUUGCAUGGGAAUCCAUUAGUAGAGCAGCAGUCUUCUGCCCAAUCUCUGAACUUUCAGUCAAUGUAAGAAUACAGUGCAAUAGAAAUACAUUGCAGGUCUGCAUGUAGAAGUAACACCACUUCUAGAAUUAUUUUUAGGAAUAGUUCAUAUUAUCAGGUGGAAUCCAGAAUUUAUUUCUGCAGUGGUGGAAUCUCCUGGAGAGUUUUCUGUCCAGGAGGAAGAAAGGAAGGGUUUCUCUUGUCACCUCUGCAGGCCUUCUUAUCACCACUUCAACUCUUAUGGAGAGUCUUUAGAGCAGGUUUUUGAGAACCCCUGGGAUUUUCUGGCAGCAUGAUUCUUCCUCUGGAUCAAAAUCAUUAACUUCGCAAGCAACGAGAGCCUGUCUGUCUGCAGGAAGCAAGAUGCAGGUUCAACAUAAUCAUAAAAAUCUGAAGACACAAAAAUAGGGCUAACUCAAUACAAGACUGUUUGGGUUUGACUGCCUUCAGCUACACAUAGGGAAUAAUUAGCUUUUGCAUAAAUUAUUUUUAUAAAAACAGUUUCAAGAUAAAUUCAUUUCUUGGUCUUUGGACUUCAAAUGUACAUAUUAUUAGAUGGUAAUAUUUUUAAAAUAUUAAAAGUGGAAUACAACAA